AUGUUAGCAUGUGAGAUAAAUGAGGAGUUCAAUCGGUGGGAUACAUUCCUAGUUCAUAAAUUAUUGGGCGAUAAAAAGAAAUUAAGCAUUUUGUUCUACACACUUAUCCUUCUGACUUUCACUUUAUGUCCAUUAUUUUCGCUUUCACUUCUAAAACAUGCUAAUCUUACUGUAUUUCUAGUAUCUACCUCAAUAUUCUUAUUAUUUUCAGACCUGAAUUUGUUUCUUGAGGUAUUAAAGUACUGUUCGUUGGAAGUGAUAUUGGGAAAUUGUAAAGAUGCUGAACAGAACUGUUCAUUUUUAAAUCACUUAUUGUCGAAUCCGUUGUUUGUACAGCAUAUACUUAGCAUGUUUCUUAAAACAUCUAUGCUUAUCCUUUGUGUCACAUCAAGAUAUCCAUAUAUUUUGGAAAAUAUUUUCCGAUUCACUUUAGUGGAGCAAGUUACAUGCAUGUACACAGCGAAUAAGCCAGGAAGAACGAAGUAUCUAAUCCUAGACGAGAAACUAACUAGCUCAACGCGUCGUCGCAGUUAUUCGUGCUCAUCUCAUCAUUCUUCCUACAUGGGACGGUCCCCCGUAAACAUGCAUAACCUUGCAACCCAUUCUAUGAAGCCAAAUUUUUCCGAUGCUAAACAGCAUACUGUUACCAUAAUACUUAUCGGUUUAAUAAUACUUCACAUAAAUAAUCAUUACUCGGAUCUGAAUGGUCCUUCUGAAAGCCAAUCAAGUCCCUCCGAAUUGAUUAACUUAGAUUUACCUUCAAAAAAUGAUGCUCUACUCACUGAACAACUAAGGGAAUCUUCGGACUUAUUAAGACAUUCAAACGAGAUGAACAAUAUUCCAGCACGAUCGAAAAGACGAAUCUACUGCAUUGAUAAAGCUAAGGAUCAUGAUGCUGAAAACGAGCCUAUGCCUACCUCUCUGUCUUUGGGUACAGAUAGAAAGGAUAGUGAAUACAUGUCUGGUGUACUGAAUUUGGAUGCACUGACUUCAAAAAUUAAACAGGGAUUAGGACAUGAGCUAUCUGAUAUGGAGAUUUUGAAACUAAUAUCAAAUGGGCAACUUAAAACUCGUGAAUUAGAAUCAGUUGUACGUAAUCCAUCACGAGCUGUUGAACUUCGACGCUUAGACUUGUCAACAUUUCUUAAUAAUUCACACAUAAUUGAGCGCAUUCCGUAUAAGGAUUAUGAUUAUCGUUUGGUAUAUGGUCAAUGCUGCGAAGAGUGA